GCUUCCAAUGGCAAGCAUACAUAAGAGCAGGUAGGAAGGUGUGUUGUGGGUUCCUCGUUGUCUCUGUCCGUCUCGCUCCAUUCUGUACAUACAUACCCCAAGAUGCAUUUUUCAACCCCAUCUCGAUGUCUCCUCAGCUGUCUUCUCUUCGGCGCCACGACUCUAGCAUCCAGAAACAACGACACAGUCUCAACAUGCGAAGCUCUCUCGUCCAUCCUGCCCACCGAGAUCUUCUACCCCGACACUGACACAUACAACGCCUCCAUCUCCUCCUACCCCUUCAUCCAGCUGCGGCUCCACCCGACCUGUAUAGUGCGGCCCAAAACCGCGCAAGAUGUCUCUGCAGCGGUCAAUCUCCUGAGGGAUACAGGCUGCACUAAGUUCGCCGUAAAAGGCGGAGGCCACAAUGCCAAUGUGGGCUUCAACAAUAUCGAAGAUGGUGUCACCAUCGAUAUGCAGAGCAUGAAUGAAGUAGAGGUGGUGGAGGCGACAGAGGUCGCGAGAGUAGGCGCCGGAGCCCUGUGGCAGAAUGUGUAUGAUGCCGUGGAACCGCAUAAUCUCACGGUACUUGGCGGCAGGAUUGGAGUCGUGGGCGUGGCUGGCUUCACAACGGGAGGCGGCGUAUCCUUCUUCUCCCCCUCCCGCGGCUGGGCCUGCGACGCCGUCGUAAACUUCGAGCUCGUCCUCGCCGACGGCACCAUCGCCAACGCAAACGCGACCUCCAACGCCGAUCUGUACGCCGCGCUCAAAGGCGGCCAAAACAACUUCGGCAUCAUCACCCGCUUCGACCUGCAGGCCUUCCCGCUCGAAGGUCCCAUCUGGGGCGGCCGCAUCGCCUUCAACUCCUCCGCCGAGGCGGAUCUCGUCUCCGCGUUCACAGAGUUCAAGAGCAGCGCGUACGAUCCCCAUGCCGCCGGCUGGGUCACGUGGCGCUACAACGUGACGACCAAUCAGACGACGCCGACGAGCAUCCUGUGGUACACGAAGCCGGAGCAGAAGCCCGGCGCGCUGAAGCCGAUUGUGGAGACGAAGCCGCAGCUGAUGAACGGCAUGACCACGGGCACGCCGCGCGAGUUCGCAAAGAACGCGUCCAUGGUGGUGAAGACGUCGAAUCUCAACACAAUCUGGGCCACCACCACCUUCAAAAUCUCCCCCCGCAUCUGCCACCGCAUCCACCUCGCCUGGAAAACUGCCAUCCCGUCCCUGCUCUCCGCGCACGCCUCCUCCAACCCGGCCUCAGAGCUAACCUUCCAAUCGAUCCCGCCGCCUCCACGCAACGACUCCAGCCCCAACAGCCUAGGCUUCAGCGCCACCGACACCCCCGAAAAGGACCUCGUGUUCCUGCAGAUCGUGUUCUACUACAACACCGACGCUAGCGCCAGCAAGGCGUUCAAUGCCGGGCUGAAGGACUUUAUCAAGAUGUUUGACGAUAUUGCCGAGGACGAGGGCGUCAGCAGCGGGUGGGUGUAUUUGAACUUUGCGGCGCGGUUUCAGGAUCCGCUGGGGAGCUAUGGGAGGGAGCAGUUGGGAAAGCUGAAGCGGGUGGCGAGGAAGUAUGAUCCGAGGGGGUUGUUUCAGAAGCAGCUUGUGGGCGGGUUUAAGGUGUCAGCUGCGGAAGCGUUGUAGGACUUGGUUUUCGUCUUGGAAGGCGUACGAUGGGGACUGGAAAAUAGCGCGGCGGGAUUGUACAUACAAAUUAAUUCUAUUCAUAUCACUUUUCGUUUCAUUCAGUUCAUUCAUGAGUCGUUGGUGGUCUU